AUGCUGACGGAUACCACUGCUGCACAAUGCUUGGCAGCUCUUCGCUGUGGAGAGGUCGACUACAACCGGGAGGUUUGUGUCCAGGGCACAGUGACCCGCCGACGACGCCACGAGGCGGCGACGUUCCUGAUGGUGCAGCUGGGUGAGGUGCAGGUUCAGGUGGUUCUAUCUGCACCCACAGCGGCGUUGAACGACGGCGCAGGCCCUUCGCCAGCUUUGCAUCUGCUCCCGGCGGGACUCGGCUCGACCGUGUGGUGCAUCGGACAUCCGGGCUGCGAUCGCGAAGGAUCCCUUUCUCUCUACGCGCGGGAGCUGAAGCUUCUGAAGGUGCAUGCCGACUCCAAGCAGAUUUCCAACGUUCUGGACGCGCUCGCUGAUGGCCUGGCUCCAGGCUGUGAAGUCGCCACUGCCCUGUGCUGCACGGACGAGCGCCUGGCGGAACUCGUCCGACUUCGUGCGGACGUCGCAGAAGCUGCGACCUACAGAAAGGAGCUCCGGCAGCAGGCGCUCAUCGUCCAGGCAGGCGAUGAAGUCCUGGCCCGAGAGCUUCAAGCUGCACCCAGCACUCGCCAGCGGAAGGCUCGUGUGACCAAGUCCGAGUUGCAGGCGUUGGAGAAGGCGGAGUCUCUCGCAGCUCCGGCUCCUCCCAUCGAGUGUUGGGAGGAAUCUUCCGAGGACUUCCAUCAUGUGCUUGGAGAGUCUGAACCCAUGCUGGACGUCGCUCCAGAUCUUCCGAGCGCCCGGGGUCCCCAAACUCGGGGCGAAUACUUCCACGGACGGAAGUGGCCGCAGGUGCGUUGGAUUCUCCGCCGCCUUUCCGCUCUCCGGGCACAGGGUCAGGUUUUCCGGCACAUCCUCGAUGUCGGUGGUGGCCGGGGUGACUUGGCCAUCAACAUGGCAGCACACCUCGGUGUGAAGGUUACGGUGGUGGACAUGAAUGCCUCCUCACUAAAAGCCGGGCAGAGUGCAGCUGAGAGGGCCGGCGUCGACGUGACGUUCCUCUGCAUGGACUUCCGCGACGUCUACAAGCAGGCUUGCGGUGGGCUCAGUGAUGCUGCUUUGGGCUUUGCCGCAUGCCGUCAGAUCGCGUUCCUCGUUUGCCCCUGCUGUCACUUGAAGCACACCGCGCUGGAACCGGCCGAUGGCUGGGCAUCGCUCUGCCCGGAGGUCGGCUUGAUUCUGCGGCAGCUGGCAGAGCGCGAUCGCUGCAGCGUCGCCCGCCGCGCCCUGGAGGCCAUCGCAGCGCUCCGGCUCCGAUCCUUGGAGAGGUUGGGAACCUCUAUUCAGCUGAAGCUGGCGACCUUUCCAGAGACAUACUCCAUGAGGAACAUCAUCCUCAUUGGCGAGCUGCCGUUGAAAGUCCAAGGCGAGUAG